AUGCUCAUCAGAACCAAUGCAAUUGUUACAGGUCCCGUGUUAAACGACUCAUCAAAGCUUCAAACUAUUAGAAAUACCAUUGGAACAAUAAGAGAACCUAAUAUUGAUUUAUGUACAGCUGUUGAAAGCAUAGAAGUUGUUCAAUCAGUCAUCAGUGAGAUAAGAUCAAAUGUCGAGAGAGAAUUUAAAGAAAUAUUUCAAUAUGCACUUAAUGUAGCUAAUAACCUCGGUGUUACAAAAUUGAUGCCAAGAAUUGUCGGUACACAAAAUCAUAGACAAAACUAUUCUACCAAUUCUCCAGAAGUGUAUUUUAGAAUUAGUUUGUUUAUUCCAUAUCUUGAUGAGCUAUCUAUGUCAUUAACUAACAGAUUUACCAAACAUAAAAAAGUUCUUUUAAGUCUUCAACAUAUUGUACCAUUUUAUGUGAUUAAUUCUAACUAUACUGAUGUAUCAGAUGCCAUUACCUUUUACCAAACUGAUUUUAAAGAUAGCUAUAAUCUAUCAAUUAUUGAAGGUGAAUGGAGACUAUGGAGAAGUAAAUGGAAACUUUUUUGUUUAAAUUCAUCUGACAGCAUACCAAAAAAUGCUAUUGAAGCUUUAAAAAAAUGUAACAAAGAUGAAUUUCCAACAAUAUAUGUUCUGUUGAAAAUAUUAUGUACCAUACCUGUUACUACUGCAUCUGUUGAAAGGAGUUUUUGA